AUGGCAUCUUUCAUCUUCAAACUUGUUUUAUCAUCAUUCCUUCUUUGUAUUUUCUUUCAGGAACCUACCAAUGCCCUUAAAAAGACCUACAUUGUUUACUUGGGAGGGCAUUCUCAUGGUCCAGACCCUUCGCCUGAUGAUCUGGAAACAGCCACAAAUUCCCAUUAUGAUUUACUGGGUUCUGUCUUGGGAAGUCACGAGAAGGCCAAGGAAGCAAUUAUGUACUCAUACAAUAAGCACAUCAAUGGUUUUGCUGCCCUACUCGAAGAGAAAGAAGCUUCAGAGUUUGCAAAAAACCCAAACGUAGUUUCAGUAUUCUUGAGCAGAGAGCAUAAAUUGCACACUACAAGGUCAUGGGACUUUCUUGGACUGGAAAAAAAUGGAAGAAUACCUGCAAACUCUGCUUGGAGAAAGGCAAGAUUCGGUGAAAAUACAAUCAUCGCCAACAUCGAUACAGGCGUUUGGCCCGAACACCCGAGUUUCAGCGACAAAGGAUACGGGCCUGUCCCAUCGAAGUGGCGGGGUAAAGGGCUCUGUGAGAUUGAUCUCUUUAAUGCUACAAAGAAAACGUUCUGCAACAGGAAGCUGAUUGGAGCAAGAAUCUUCAGCAAAAGUCACGAAGCAGAAGUCCGCAAACUGGACCCAAUGGAACGCACUGCACGUGACUUUGUAGGCCACGGUACACACACUCUGUCAACUGCUGGUGGUAAUUUUGCUAGAGGUGCAAAUGUGUUUGGUAAUGGUUACGGUACUGCUAAGGGAGGAUCCCCAAGAGCUCGUGUUGUUGCCUACAAAGCAUGUUGGAAUAGAAUGGAUACAGGUGGGUGCCAGGGAGCAGACUUGCUAGCAGCAUUUGAUCAAGCCAUAUAUGAUAGAGUUGAUGUCAUAUCUGCCUCUGUGAGUUGGAGUACUCCCCAUGCUGAAGAUUUGUUAUCAGAUGGUAUUUCCAUAGGUUCCUUCCAUGCAGUUGCAAGAAAUAUUGUUGUUGUUUGCUCAGCUGGGAAUGAUGGUCCAGCACCCAGAACUGUCGCAAAUGUGGCACCAUGGUCCUUCACUGUUGCUGCUAGUACAAUGGACAGGGAUUUUCUCAGCAACAUUUCUGUUGGAAACAAAAACUACAUAAAGGGUGCCAGUCUUAAUAGAGGCUUGCCACCAGCAUCAAGAAAGUUCUAUCCUUUGAUAAGUGCUAAUAAUGCUGGACUUCCCAAUGUGUCGAUUAAUGAUGCUCGCCUUUGCAAGCCUGGAACACUUGAUCCUACAAAAGUAAGGGGGAAAAUACUAAUCUGCCUUCGAAGUAAUAAAAUAACAUCAGUUGGUGAGGGGCAGCAGGGUGCUCUUGCUGGCGCUGUGGCAGUGUUUGUGAAAAAUGAUAAGCAAAGUGGAAAUACACUUUUAGCUGAGCCUCAUAUUUUACCUGCUGCAAGUAUCAAUGUACAGGAUUAUCAAGGUCAAGGAGGUUCCAACGGAAACAGCAAGCAGCUUCAGGCUUACUUGACUGCAGCAAAAACAUAUAUAGGAAUAAAACCAGCUCCAAUUAUGGCUGGAUUCUCAUCUAGGGGUCCCAGUGCCGUGCAACCAUUGAUACUCAAGCCUGACAUAACUGCUCCUGGUGUUAACGUAAUUGCCGCUUUUACACAAGGAGCAGGUCCCUCUAAUCUAGCAUCAGAUGCACGUAGAGUUCUUUUCAAUGCACAACAGGGAACUUCUAUGUCUUGCCCUCAUGUUGCUGGGGUUGCAGGUCUUCUCAAAACAAUUCAUCCUAAUUGGAGUCCAGCAGCUAUCAAAUCAGCCAUCAUGACUACUGCUACAACGCUAGAUAACACGAAUCGGCCUAUUAAGGAUGCAUUUGAUCAGAUAGCAACUCCAUUCGAAUACGGCGCAGGGCAUAUUCAGCCAAACCUCGCAAUGGAUCCUGGACUUGUUUAUGAUUUAAGCACAAAUGAUUACUUGGACUUCUUAUGUGCAUCUGGUUACAACCAAGCUUUACUCAUGUUGUUUUCUAAGUUGAAAAUCUCUCACACUUGUCCUAAGUCUUACAACAUUGAAGAUUUCAACUACCCUUCAAUCACGGUAACUCAUCGGGGGACAAACCUUAUAAAUGUUAGUCGUACAGUUACAAACGUUGGGCCUCCGAGUACAUACGUUGUGAAAACUCACCUGCUUGAAGGAUUUAAGGUUCUUGUUCAACCAAGUUCCUUGACUUUUAAGACAACUGGAGAAAAGAAGACCUUUCGGGUUAUUAUGCAGGCGAGGGGCGUGCCACGUCAUGGUUUACCAAUAUUUGGGAACUUGUCGUGGACAGAUGGCAAGCACAGAGUGACUAGUCCUAUUGUGGUCCUUGCACGUCAGAAAUUAGUCUGA